UCGAAUCACUAUUUGGACGUAAUUAAACAUUACUCACAUUUAAUUACAAUUGGAUGAAAAAGAAAAUCGAAAGAUUUUUAAUCCCUCGCCAUAUUACAAAAUUAUCCAUGACAAUUUUGAUGUAAUGGAACGAAACAUCACCUACAAUAAUUCCUACAAUAAUAACUUUUAAUCCACAUUUCGUUUAAUAACAAUUGGAUGAAAAAGAAAAUCGAACGAAAGAUUUUUAGUUUAUCAUUGCCAUGUUCCAAUCACCAUUUCCAAUCCAUGAUAAUUUUGAUCGAACGAAACAUUAUUCACAAUAAUUCCAACAUUUAAUCCACGUUUUCUUUAAUUACAAUUGGAUGAAAAAGAAAAUCGAACGAAAGUUUAUCAUUGCUAUGUUCGAAUCACCAUUUGGAUGUAAUCGAACAUCACCCACAAUAAUUCCAACAUUUAAUCCACGUUUCGUUUAAUUACAAUUGAAUGAAAAAGAAAAUCGAACGAAAGAUCAAUCAACGUUUCGAUGUAAUCGCUUAAAAUUGAUGGUGAAAAAAAAUGAUCGCCCACGAUGAUUCCUCUCCAACUUUCAAUCCACGUUUCGUUCCCUAAUUACAAUCGGAGGAAAAAGAAAAAUCGAACGAAACGAAAGAUUUCUCUUCUUAAGAAAAAAAAAAAUAUAUAUUCCAAUAAAACGAUUGGCCACGAUCCAUCGCGGAAGAGUAAGGGAAUCAAGAUAUCUCGCCACGGAAUGUUUGUAAGUAGGGUUGAAAGGAAUUAACGGCGAGGAAAGGUGGAGAUUCCUCGUGGCUGAUUGCCACUCUCUGUGACCCCGAGCAGCAAUUUCCUCGGCGAAAGCUCGCGAGGAUCGGACGAAAAUAUCCCACGACAGACGAGUUGUGACGUGUGUGGCUGCGAGGAAGGGGUCGAAUAUUGCCACGGAACGCGGAAAAAAAAAGAAAAAAGAACGGAAGGAGAGGGAAAGAGGAAAGAAAAGAGACAAGAUUGCAACGCCCCUCCCCGUUGGAGGGGUGGAGGCGCCGGUGGAGGCGCCGGUUCAAAGUUCGUGGCAUACGUAUGAAUUAUGCAUUCGGUGCAGCCUGUGUGUAAUCGCGCGGUGCAUCAUUAUCCCCGGGGAGAAAGUUUCUGUUACGAUUCCAUCUGGCACGAGAUAUCCGUGGAACCGAUGGAAAAAUGCAGGAUGGAGGCCAAUUCAAAGGAUGGGGAUCGUUACGAUGCGGAUCGAGAUCGAGAUUAUUUCGAAUCGAAAAUAGAAGUUAUGAGCGAGAAGUGGGCACCCACUGUUUGUUUUUAAACGGAUUGUUUUCAUGGAUGAGAACGAGAAGAGAGAAGAUUGUCGAUGAUUGCGGUUAGAUGGGAAGAGAUUGAAUGUUCGAUGACAAUUCUCGACCGAUUAUUCGAUUCCUUUUCAGUCUUUUAUUUCUUUCUUUCUAUUUUGACGGCUCGAUAUUUUGACAAGAUUACUUGACACUCGAGAUAUUUGAGAUAAGGGAAGGGGAAAAAUGAGCGGAAAAAAGUUGGACGACGUGAUCGAUUUUUUCACAAAGAUCUGCAAGUGUAUGUACGAUGAAAAAACUGAGGCUAGGAUCAGAAGAGAAAAUGAAGAAACUUGGAAAGGCUUCGUAGCUUUGGAGAAAUGUAAAAGGAGUCUGAAGGAGAUUGAUGAUUUAAAAUUGAAAGUGGAGAAGAAAGAUGAAAAGGUUAGAGACGAUUCGAAAAAGUAAUGAAAUGUUUUGUUACGAUUUUUGUAAAUUUAUUUUAUAGGAGAUCGAGGAAGAAAAGGAGGAGUACGAGUGGACGAAAUGGACGAAAUUGAAAAUUCUUCGACAAAAGAGGGAAUACGAAAUGUGGAAAGAGCAUUGGAACAAAUAUAAAGUGAUGAAAUUUUGCACGGCUGUGAUCAGGUUGAAGGUAAAGAGAAUAUUAUGCAAAGAAAAGAAGAAAAAGAGAGAGAA